AGCGCCAUCUAGACAUCACGCUCCCUGCCUUCGUAGACCACGAGCUGACCACGCAUUACUUCCUGAAUGAGCAGGGUCUUCAGUGUGCCAAGCGUAUCAUAUGUGUCAUAGCGUACACCGAGCCUGACAUCACCUAUAGUCCUGCGCUAUUCCCGCUCACUUGUCUGUGUCUGCACUAUAUGGCAGAGGAAGACGCUUUUAACGCAAUCUAUGGUCUGUUGCAUAGUAAGAUGGGGCAUAUAUCGCAGACCAAGCUGGCGUAUCAGGCCACGGGACUGGUAAUAAGGGACCUCACCAAAAGAUUUGUAAAAUCUGCCCACAGCUUUAUAGAGCGCAAUACAAAGCAGGUAGAUGUAGUAUUUGAAGGCUGGCUCUGGUGGUUGCUCAGAGAUCUUCCAUUUUCUUACAUGUUACGUGUGAUAGACUGCUAUCUGUUUGAGGGGCGUAAAGUGUUGUACAGAGCUGCACUGGCUGUGUUACAUCUCUUCCAGAAACAUGCAGCGAGAGACGGUGCAAUAAGUACCAGUGCUGCUGUCCAAGCAGCCAUUAGUCAGUUCUGCAGGGAUAUUAAAAAUAUUGUUACAGUGGAAAAAUUCUUAAAGACUGCAUUUGGUAUCCGAGGGCUCAAGCGCAAGGACAUCAAUAAACUGUAUGUCAAACAUGACAUGUUCCUAAAGAGUAAGGUUCACCUGAGGGUCGGCAGCAGUCAUGGACUGGUCAAAGCCAAGUCCUCGGAGUCGCUCGGACCUAUGCGGGCAAACAAGUCAUUUAUUGGACCUCCCAUGCCUAUACAUGAGAUUAACUCUACCAUUUUGUCACAUGAUGAGUGGCUUCCAUGUAAUCGCAAACUCGGGAGGUCAAGGUCAGUGGGUAGAAUUGCGCUGGCCGACGCUAAGACUAAUGUUUUGACUUUGGAACAACUGCAGACUAUCUGGUCAUGGCUGCCAUACAGGAUGACUGUGUACCAGCCGGAGCUGUUGUUUUCUACGGAGGAACACGGGACCAGCCUCAUCACGCUGUACCAGAAGAUAGAGAACAAAGGAGCCGUCAUUCUGGUCAUUAAAACAGAGAAAGAUGAGGUAUUUGGUGCCUACUGCUCCAACGACUGGUCAGAAAGAAUACAGUACGAGAAAAGACUGACAUAUUUUGGGACGGGGGAGACAUUUCUGUUCACUCUUGUGCCAGAGGUGGAAAAGAUUGAGUGGGUGGGGCUGAAGAAGCCACCAGAGGAGAUCUCUAAUACAGGAUAUAUGUUCCAGGCAGGGGACAGGACCAUGCUGACCAUUGGAGGAGGAGAUGGCGAGGGAAUCCAGCUGGAUGAAAACCUUUUCCAGGGUCGGACAGAACGAUGUAACACCUUUGAAAAUGAACCUUUGUGUGAAGACGGAGAUUUCCACUGCAAGGUUGUGGAAGUGUUCGGCUUCAGUUAGCCAGCAUUGGACUGACCAUUGCUCCACAGACUCCAGGUCUGACCACACGUUUACUGCUGAAUGUCUGCUUUUGAUCUGAUGAAACAGCUCAACAGUUACUCAAUACGCAAAUACAACAACCUGGACCAAACGUGCCUCCAACAGAAAGUCUUCUUCAAUGUGUUGUUGGAAGUAAUAACGACAUUAGUAUCGUAACAUACUCGUUGUUGUAUCCUGAAGUAUCUUGUGUGGUUUGGAUUCUGUUGAAGGCUCAGGCAUUCUGUUAGAAGAGGAUAAUAAUGGGAUAUAGAUUGUUGAUGGCAUCACAGUGAAGGACAAGGGUGGAGGUUCACCAAGCAGAAGAUGAUUAUUGUUACUUCUUGUUGCUUUAGCCCCAAGUGUAUUAGACUGUAUUGUACUGAAUGUGUUAAAUGUGACAACACUAUUGGAAUGUGUUAGAUGUGACAACACUGGCAGAUUGUGUUAGGAGUACCAACACUAAAGUACAUGUUAACUGGUUGCAUGUUGGUUGGAUUUUGAAUUGGCACAUUUUACACAGCCGCAGUGUCAAGGUUUGCAGAAGCUGCUUUUUGCCAUGGGAUUCUCUGAUGUCACAAUAAAAACAACGCUGUUGCACAUUUGAUGCUGACACGUUCAUGGAAAAUGCUGAAAGAGACUUUUAUCGAUAACAAAUAUAAAGCAUGUGCUGUUCUCUUGUGGUGUUGUCUUGAAGACCGUGUCCUUGUUGUAAAGGCCGCGUUGUGUUAUAUUUGUAUAUGUGGCAAUGACUUCCAUAGAUAUGUAUGGUAUUAGAAGAACAGUGAAUGGCACAAUACGAUAGUAGGCCAACAUAUCUUUCACUUCUGAAUAUUGGUGAGAGUCUGUGAUAUAGCUGUUAAAACUCCCACGCACAGAUAAGCUUUACUGUAAGACUUUAGUUUAGAUCUUACCUUGGCUAUUAUUGCCACCUGCCUGUCUUGGUAACUAGCUCCAUCUAUAGUUGAGAGAAAGUGGGGAUUCUGCCCUCAAUUGACUAUGUUCAGUAUUCAAUAAUACUAUUAUAAAGAUUAUUUUCCUUUCAAAGUGGUGGACUUAGCCUGCUUUCUUCAAACUUAAACCAAAGCCAAGGCAAUAUAGGCUGCCCUUAACCAACUGCAUGUAAUUUUAUGCCAUAAUCAAAUAUUAAUUUAUCAGGAUAUCUUUGAUUAUUUUCUGUAAAUAACAAACUUGUCUCUUGAUAUAUAGGCCAGUGAUAUGAUUCUUGUCAUCAAUAUUAGAACUACUCUUAAAAUGAUUGCUUGCUUAUUGAAAAGUACAGUAAUUAAGCCUUUCUUCAGUCAGUAAUGUGAAUGGAUAAACGCUUAAAAAAAAGGUGUGGCAAUGAAAAAUGUGUCAAAAGCGGGUUUGGCCUAAGUAAGAUGAUAUCCACUGGAAUAUGUCUAUAAUAACAAUAUUGACAAGAGAGGAGGUUGUUGCAAUAUAUUUCCUUUGAAGGCCUUCUAAGAAUGAUGGCUGUAGGACUGAGACUGAUUUGUUGUAUUCAGCAAUUUACUAACAACGGAAAUGGACUGUCCGGAUAAGAUUUAGCAUGUUUAUAGUGCACUUUUCUGCAUUAAUUGUAAAAUAUUUCAACACUCCUACCGAUAACACAGACACAUAGUAUUACCCUCAUUAGGUAAGUCCAUUAUACUUGCAUGAUUAAAUUAAUUUGUAUGAUAUGUAUAUACUAGCCUGCUUUCUAUCUAUGACAGCUUGAGGGUGUUCCAAAACCUAGUGUUGGCCUCCUGCUGAAGUUUAAACUGAAAUAUAAUUGCAUCUUUGUCUGAGUGUAAAUUAUUUUGCAUUCAGGUUUUCAGUUAUUCAUUUGAAUCCUAUCAUCAUUUGUUGCCAUACUUCUGAUUAUAAGUUCAUUAAUUUUAAGCAAUAAAAGCUAGUUGCUUGAUGGAAAUCUGACUCUGCUGUAGAUGUAGUUAUGUAGUAGUCCAUCACAGUUGUGACAUUUUGUUUCAGUGGUACAGUGCAGCUGUGACAUAAGUUGCCAUUGGUACAGUGCACCUGUGACCAGCUUAGUUAUCACCAUUUAUGGUAGUAUCGAGUAUGACAUUUACAGAUAAUGUAACAUCUGAAAACUUGUAAAAUGGCUUUGCCUAGACAGGUUAAGUCAAGUGAAUUAAGAAGUAUAUAACACUUACAACAAGUAAAUAUUCAGUCUCUUUUUGUGUUGUUGAUCAUCAUAAUUUAUGUACCUACAAAUAUUGGUUAUUUCCCAAAACUUAUCUCUGAUAUUAUACUUGCAUUGUUAAUAUUCAAAAGGUAUGGAUGAUUCACUAGAUAAAGUAAUCAGUGUUGUUCCUUAUGGAUAUGUUUUCACACAGGUUCUCCAUCAAUUCUCCUACUGUACCAUUUAUUAUAGUGGUCCUUUCACUCGUUAUCUCCAAAUGUUUUGGAUCAAACAGAAUGUGUUAGAUGUGACAACACUGGCAGAUUGCGUUGGGAGUGACACCUGGAGGUGUUGAAAUGUAUUCAAUUUUAUAAAAAUCCUUUCUUAAAUUAUAAGUUAAUCAUGAAUAAUGACACAUUAAUUUUUUCAAGUGGAAGUGGCUAUCAGUUGCUUCAAAGGUAAUUUUUCCUUAGUAAAAUGUAGGUUUAUCAUCUAAGGGUGAGCGGUUGUACCCACAAAAAACUAAAAAAUCCUUGAUUGACAUCUGUCUUAUCUCUGUUUAGCAUAUGUUUAUUGUGUACAUGCUAAAGUUUUGUUCUAUUUGUGGACGUGAGAUCGAGACUGAUCAAGAAAGAAGGGCAGUGCAGUAUUGUAAAUAUGUCAUUUACUAUUGUGUAAUAAAUUAUAAUGUUGUACAGUG